AUGUCUGACGAGUUGGAUAAGCUGCGCGCCGAAUCGGCGCGGCUUUCGCAGCUGCUCGAUGAAGCGACUGCCGAUAAGAUCAAGGCCGCCGAAUAUGGUAUGAUGCUUUUGGAGCAGAAAGAUGAGCUCGCAAAACAGCUGAAACAAAUGCAGAUCGAACUUGAGACCACAAAAGCGGAAGUGGAAAAAGCCAAUCAGAUGCUUGCCGAGUUUCGGUCUCAUCAUCAGAAGGCGACGCGAAGUGAAUUAGAAAACGAAGAGUCUCUUUUAGAAGAGUCAUCGGCAAAAGAGAAGGAGCUUCUUGCGAAAAUAACGCAGCUCGAGAACGAUUUAAAGCACAAGGAGCAGGAACUCUCUGAAAAGAAAGCGGAACUUGAGAGAAUUCAUAACGAGCACACCAAAGCGUCAGACUCUGGUGCCGCUCUUGAAGAUGAGCGAAGAAAGCUGAAAGCUGAACUUAAAGAAACCAAAGAACGGGAGCAACGUCUCAUGGCAGAGUAUAGCGAACUUGAGGAAGAAAAUAUUGCCCUGCAAAAGACGGUAGCGAAUCUGCGCGGAGCCCAGGUCGAAUUUGAGUCAUUAAAAAUUGAUUGUGGUCGGUAUGAAGAAGAGAUUUAUAUGCUUAACGCCGCCGUCGAGGAGAGCUCAGCUCUACGAGCAAUUGCUGAGAAGCAGGUCGAAGAGGCGCUUCUGACGGCUCAGCAUGAGCGCGAACAACGUCUUGCCAUGAAAAAGGAGCUCGAGCAGGCGAAAAAUGCGGAGCACAUCAAUAGUCUCAAUGACAUGCUCAUGGGAUUGGAACGACUCGGCGAUGAGGGAGACGUACCACCCCCACAAGCAGGAGGAAGUGACCUGUUCAGCGAGCUUCAAGGAAGUAGUGAUACCAAAGUUCGAGAACUUGAAGCUGCGAAGGAGGGACUUCAAGAAGAAGUGAAAUCACGAGAAAAGAUGCUCAUAGAAUUCGUGAAAGGACUAAUGAACACCCUUAAUAUGAACUAUCCUAGUGAAGAGCUGGACUUUUUACACGCUAGACAACAAAAGGACGUAGUUCUGGAGAGGAUAAUGCAAAUGGCCCAUGAAUCUGACCGUCAUGGUAAAGAAGGCGAUGAAAGGAGGGCCGGUGUAGUUCGAAGUGAUCUUAGGGCACUUUUGCUCAUUGCUGGAGAGAAAAGCGCACAAUUGGCCUCUGCGCAGGACGCAAUGAUCCAAGUUUCCGAUCAACUCUACCAGUUUUAUCAUCAGAUGACGCAAAAUCAAGGAAUCCCGGCCGAAAAGAAUGUUCUAGACAUUGUUAAAAAGCUUCGGCAGUUGGCUCGCGAAAAUGCGGAAGACGUUCCACGUGUCUCCCUUGCCGACGAAGGAAUGGAGAGUGGAACAGAGACCGAUGCGAACGCAUCUCGCCCAAUUCCUUUGAACUCUGAUCGUCUUGUUAUUGGACCAUCUUUUAUUAAAGAAAUUGAGCCAAAAUUAGCCAGCGUUAAAGUUGUCGACGUGCUCAGUGACACCGACUUACGGCAAAGGAUUCUUACCGAAGGAAAUGCCAUUUCUCAGACUACGGACAGUUUGAAGAAGCUUCUUACCGUUGUGAAGAGAACAUCGGAGCAGGCGUUCAAUCAGGCAGUUACAGCUAGCGGUGCUGAAAACGAUGAGAUUUUGAUGCAGAACAUGAAGCUGAGAAGUUUGCUAAGCACAAAGAGAGAUCAAAUCUCAACUCUUCGCACUGUUCUGAAGUCGAACAAGCUCACCGCAGAAUCGGCUCUCAUUUCACUACGCGAGAAAUACGAAUCGGAGAAGAAGGCACAAACCGAACAUAUUGAUCGAAUGCGACGCGAGUUGAAACAGCUUAAAGAGGAUGCUGCAACCUUUGCUAGUCAUCGUGCAAUGUUCACCGCUCGUUGCGAAGAGCUCAGAGCUCAAGUUGACGAGCUUCAGAACGAUCUACGUGCAAAUGAAGAAGAGAAGAAGACAUUGAAUCAAUUACUUCGACUUGCGAUUCAACAGAAACUUACUCUUACUCAGCGGUUAGAAGACGUUGAAGUUGAUCGUGAUCGACAAGCAUUCAAGCGAUCCAGCGGCAAAGCGCCGACCCGUGAAACCUAUCAGCCACCGAAAGCUGAUGGUGAUGGCUCGACGUCGUCGGCGUCGUCGUCGUGGUCGCGAUUGUCGUCUGCCGGCGACCAUCAUAACCGUCAGCUCAUCGUUACCCCGUGGUCCGACGACCCCAACGCGUCCCCGGCCGAAGAGCUGGAGUUGGCGAUUCUCGAGUUGAUGGUUGAUGUUGAGGUCGCGAGGCUGCGCGAUGAGCUCCGCGAGCCGAUGUUUGCCGGCAUUCGAGUCGUCAUUCUGCUCUUCGCCAUUCCGCCCGUCCUGUUGUUCCUUAUUUUUGAAAUAUUUGAGCUUUCCUUAUUUUGUUUUUUGUAA